AUGGUCGAGACGGCAAGCAAUUUCCUGCUGUCCAGCAGCACCUCGGACUCGUCGCUCUCAGUCCAACUGCACCCACUGGUCCUUCUCACCAUCUCCGAUUACAUAACGCGCCACUCUAUGCGCAAGCAACCAGGCCCAAUCGUUGGUGCAAUCAUCGGUCAGCAAAAUGGCCGUACAAUCACCAUGGAGCAGGCCUUCCAGUGCAAGACCAAGGAAGACGGCGACAAGGUUCUGGUCGAUGAAGAGUGGUUCGCCGAGCGUCUAGAACAAUUCAAGGACGUCCACAAGGCACCUCCUCUCGACCUGGUUGCCAUCUUCACACUAGCCCCUCCCUCAGGUCCACUUCCCGACCAUGUGCCUAUCCUCCAACAACUUCAGCACUCGUACAACGAAUCUCUCAUGCUCCUGCUCUUCCAUCCUCAGACCAUCCUUGACGGCUCCCUCACUGGCGGAAAGCUCCCCAUUUCAAUCUACGAGUCAUACUAUGAGCCUGGCAGUGAGAACGCAGACAAGGGCUUGCAGGUCGAUGGAUGGGGCAUGGGUCGCCAACUGCAGAUGCGCUUCCGUCAAUUGCCCUUCGAAGUCGAGACUGGAGAGGCCGAAAUGAUCGCUGUUGAUUUUGUCGCAAAGAGUAGCGGAUCUGCUGCUCAGAACUCUGCUACACCUCCCAAGGGCAAGUCUCGCUCCGAAGGCAGUGCUACCAACGACGCUCCUGUGAACACGGAUGUGCAGCUCAACGCUGCCGACGAAGAAGGUAAGCAUAACCACAUAUCUCUGCAAGUGUCACAAGCUAAUGAUCCAUANGUCAUCUCAUCCCUCACUGCCAAGUACAAUGCCAUCAAGAUGCUGCACCAACGCAUCAACCUCAUCAAGGCCUAUCUAGCCGAACUACCACAAUCAUACCUGACCGACGCCUCCAUCUCCGCCACUUCCAGCGACCCUCCUCCCAAUCACCAACUCUUGCGCGAAAUCUCCUCCAUGCUCUCUCGCUUGCCUUUACUCGCCCCUCCUGUAUCUCAAUCUUCCACCGCCAUUCCUGUCCCAGGCAUGCCUCAGUCUUCUCUUGCAACAGCCGCUUCACAAGAACAGUCAGAUGUACACAUGGUAUCCUUGCUCGCCUCCCUCACUCGUACAGUAGCCCAAGCCAAGGACAUGGGCUCAAAGUACUCGAUUGUGCAAAAGGCAAAGACGGACAAGAGUCAAGCCGGCAUGAUGGGUGGUCGUGGUGGUGGUUUCGGCAACUAUGGCCCCGGACCCGGUGAGGAUACUUGGGGCACUCCCAACGAGUCCAACGAUUACGGUAUCAACCUAUCAUGA